GGAAUGAUAUCAAUUUAAGAUGGCGGAAGAGUUGUAAAGUGGGAUGUUUGGGAAUUGAUAAGGGCAAUGGACUCCAAGGAGGUCAUCAUAAGAAUCUGUGAUCUGAACCCUCACGUGGUGUGUAGUCUUUGUGCAGGAUACUUUGUUGAUGCUACAACUAUUACUGAAUGUCUCCACACAUUUUGCAAGAGCUGUAUAGUGAAAUAUUUCCAAACCAGCAAGAAAUGUCCCAUGUGCAACUUGCAGAUACAUGAAACCCAACCUCUCUUCAAUCUCAGAUUAGACAGAACAAUGCAGGACAUUGUGGCUAAAGUUGUUCCCGGCAUUCUUGAAGCUGAGGAGAAAAGAAGGCGGGAAUUUUAUGCAUCAAGAGGAAUGGCUGUGGAAAAACCUGCUCAGGGUAAUGGAGAUGAAAAUGAGAAUGAAAAGCCAACCAGGGAAACUGCAGUUAAAAGAGACUACUCUGAGACUAAAAACUUGUAUAGAGAUGAUGAGCAAGUUUCCCUCUGUGUUGAAAGAUAUGAAGACAGCCUAGAAGAAAAUGAAGAAGAAACAGAUAAUAAUGGACCAGCCACAACUGUGGGAACACUGAGUAAGAAAUACAUACGAUGUUCAGCUCGCAUGAUGGUGGUUCAACUUCAGAAGCUCUUACGAAUGAAGCUCAACAUUCCCAAUGAAAAAGAGGUGGAAAUUGUGUGUAAUGAACAUGUGAUUCAUCCAUUCAGAACCAUGAAGUUCAUUUGGAUAAGUGAGUGGUUAGGCAAGCCACCACCUAUGGUGUUACAUUACCGUGUUCAUGAUAUCUCCUAAGAACUGUCGUACUUUAAACAAUUGUGCACAAGAUGGCACAUGUGCUGAAUGGAUGAUGCCUCAAUUACGCCAGAGAAGACAACGAAGAUGUCAACUUUGUAAGAUACGGAAAGCCAGUGCAUAAAAAAUAAUCAUAGUAAUGACUGGGUUGUUCGCUUACCACGUUUAAUCUUCAGUCGUUGUUACCAGUAGGACUGAAGUUGACUGAGAAUGGAAUUUGCCUAGUGUUCAUCCAAUGGCUUUAGAAAAUUCAUGAUACAGUCGAUUAUACUACAAACAACAUGAGUGGAUCAAAAAUUGUGAGGUCAACAAGUCGUCACCAGUACGAGUCAUGAACUGCACAGCCCUUUUGUUGGUAAAUGAUUCUCGAAAAUCGACUCUCUGACUGAUGAAAA